AUGCCACUAACACCUAGUUUUGCAUUCCAGAUCAUGGAUCUAUCCAUAAACCAAUCCGAUUACAUAAUCCUAGGCGGAAUUCUAUUGAUCCUGGCCUAUUGGCGAGUCACAAAAUCGCAAAGAAGAUUCUCCAAGACGAUAGUUCCGUACCUGAAACCUGUCCCGAUCCUUGGAAGCACCUGGAGAAACUUUUUCCAGUUGGAAAAUCAGAUUUAUACCUACGGAAGAGCUUAUGAGAAUUUUCCUGAUAGCAGAUUUUCAGGUUUCUACGAAGUUUUAAAACCUGUAUUGCUGAUACGAGAUCCAGAGCUGGUCAGGCAAAUGGGCGUGAAAGAUUUUGAUCAUUUUGUGGACCAUAAUUUUUUCAUCGACGAGACCACGGACCCACUUUUGGGCAACAUGAUGAUCGUAAUGAGAGGCCUAUAAUAUUUU